CAUGGGAAAGAUCAUAUUCUAUGAGGACAGAAACUUCCAUGGUCAAAACUAUGAGACCAGUGGUGACUGCCCUGAGGUGACCUCAUACCUCAGCCGCUGCUGCUCGUGUAGAGUGGAAAGCGGCUGCUUUAUGGUCUAUGAGCGCUCUAACUUCAUGGGUCACCAAAUGCUGGUAAGAAGAGGAGAGUAUCCUGAUAACCAGCGGAUCAUGGAUGCAAGCAUCAGCGACUGCAUUCGAUCUUGCAGAAUGAUCCCAAUGCAUAAAGGGACAUUUAGAAUGAGAAUCUUUGAAAGGGAGAACUUUGUUGGACAAAAGUAUGAGUUGAUGGAUGACUGUGAGUCGGUUCAGGAACGUUUUCACAUGCCCGACUGCCAGUCCUGCAAUGUCACACAUGGCCACUGGCUUCUGUAUGAACAGCCCAAUUUUGAAGGCAGAAUGAUAUACAUCAGGCCAGGGGAGUACAGCAGCUUUAAUAACAUGGGUCUAGGCUCAGUGAAAAUUUGUUCCAUCAGACGCAUCAUGGAGUCCUGUUGAAAUAAAUGAUACCUGCUACAAGGAAAGAGUUCCAUAAGUUUCCCAACAAGAAAUGUUGUGACACUAAAUCUCAACUGUGCCUAGGAUCUACAGUAUAACGUCAAAAACCACUUACUACUACAUGUUAUAUUUUUGAACAAAAUGUAUGACAAACCAGCUUUGGUUUGUGGAAGCUGUACUGCCACAUGUUGGUUAACAUGCAUCUGAUUUAUUACAGUAAUAUCUAAUUUUGUUGAUCAUCUAAUGUGAUGAUAAGGUUCAUUAAAUCAUUGCUUUCGCGAAAUAUACACAUGGAUACAGAUU